GCCGCGUGGGCGGGGCCCCCAGGACGUUUCCUCAUGUAUCAUCCUCCUCGGCUCAUGGACUGACUUGUUUGUUAUCGAGCAAGAUGGAGUUCCUUUUGGGAAAUCCUUACAGUACCCCAGUGGGGCAUUGCAUUGAGAGAGCCACCGACGGCUCCCUGCAGAGCGAAGACUGGACCCUCAACAUGGAGAUCUGCGACAUCAUCAAUGAAACGGAGGAUGGGCCCAAGGAUGCUAUUAGAGCAGUGAAGAAGAGGGUGAAUGGCAACAGGAACUACAGGGAGGUGAUGCUGGCUUUAACGGUUCUGGAGACGUGUGUGAAAAACUGCGGCCAUCGUUUUCACGCUCUAGUGACCAGCAGGGACUUUGUCGAGGGCGUUCUCGUCAAAAUCAUCUCUCCUAAAAACAACCCGCCCACCAUCGUUCAAGAUAAAGUCCUCGCCCUGAUUCAGGCGUGGGCCGAUGCUUUCAGGAGCAGUCCGGACCUCACAGGUGUGGUUCAGAUCUACGAGGAGCUGAAAAGGAAAGGCAUCGAUUUCCCCAUGUCGGACCUGGAAACCCUGUCCCCCAUACACACGCCUCAGCGGGUGGCAUCGGCUCCAGACGGCGACUCCGCCUUGCAUAAGUACAGCGCCACCACUCAGCCGGCGCCGGCCGCCGUCCCGCCUGCGUACACCGCCCCCCAGGGCCCCAGCAUCCACACCUCGGGACCCAUCAACCCCACGUCUGAACAGAUCUGCCGGCUACGCAGCGAGCUGGACGUGGUUCGAGGAAACACUAAAGUCAUGUCGGAGAUGCUGACCGAGAUGGUGCCGGGACAGGAGGACGCUUCGGACUACGAGCUGCUGCAGGAGCUGAACAGGACCUGCAGAGCCAUGCAGCAGAGGAUCAUGGAGCUCAUCUCCUGCGUGUCCAACGAGGCGGUGACCGAGGAGCUGCUGCACGCCAACGACGACCUCAACAACAUCUUCCUCCGCUACGACCGGUAUGAGAGGUUCCGGUCUGGGAGGUCUUCAGCGCAGAGUGUCAACAAUGGGGUCCUCAGCGAGGCCACGGAGGACAACCUGAUCGACCUGGGCCCCGGCUCGCCGGCGGUGGUCAGCAACAUGCCCAACGCCGCUCCGUCCAGCCUGCCGCCCGGCCUGACGGCGCCCGCCGGACGGCCCUCCUCCCCGGGGUCCCUGGCCUCCCGCCUCGCCGGGCUGGAUGUGGGCGGAGACAGCGUCAGCAGCACCCUGAGCUCGCUCUCCAGCUGCAAGCCGCCGCCCACCCAGGACGACUUCGACGUGUUCGCCCAGACCCGGACCGGCGCCGCCGAGGCCGGAGCCCCGCCCACCCUGGACGUCAAGCAGCAGCCGGCCCCCGCAGGGCGUGCGGCACGCCAGCCCUCUGUCAUGGAUGACAUAGAGGAGUGGCUCGCUACUGACGUGAAAGGAGACGAGGGGGAGGAAGGCGUCACCAGUGAAGAGUUCGACAAGUUCCUGGAGGAGCGAGCCAAGGCGGCCGAGGUGACCCCCGGCCUGCCGGCGCCCCCCAGCGGGGCCCCGGGCGCCGCGCCGGGGACCCCCGGCCGCAAGAAGGCGGGCCGAGCCGAGGACGCCCUGUUCGCCAUGUAGAGCUCCAGCGUUGACCUGUGACCCCCGGCCAGCCUCAGAGCAGAGCAGCACGACCCGAGGACGACCCCCGCCCCCCCCCCCCCCCAUUCUGAUCACACUACAGAGCGCCAUCACUGCUUCUUCACCACAGAGGGCGCCGCUCCUCGUGUCGGAGGCCGCCCGCCUCCAGUUGCUGCUAAUCCGGAUCCAAAUUCCCCCCCUUCAGAUCGCCACCCCAGGCGGCCGCCCCCCCGCCCCCCCCUCGCCACGCCUCCGUCAGCCCCGCCCCCCAAAUCUGUAAAUCUGUAAAUGAAGAAAUGUGGAGUUUAUGAGUCGUGUGUAUAUUUAAGCUACAUACUGUAUGUACGAAAAAAAAAAAGAGAUGCUAAUUUAAUGUAGAUUUUUCUGGGAAAGGGUUUAUGCUCCGCUGGCGUCGACGGGAAGGAUGUACCUCAGCGGGCGCCGCGCUCCCGCCGGGAAAGGGAAACACUACAUGAGAUGAGGAGAAGAAGGGAAUCAGGCCUGGUCUCUUACUGUGCUGUAGUUCUGCCUUCGCCCUGCAGGGCGGCGCUGUGUUUUAUUGAGAUUAUUUUGCCGACGGUCUUGAUGCUCCAGUCCUGCUGGCUGCUCCCAGCUCCAAGGACCAAAAUUAUGAUUCUUCUUUUUUGUUUCUGGAUCCAGGAGGAAAGUUGUGGAAAUCUUGAGUCGUUGAUACUUGAUUAUUUGUUUGAAUUCCAGGUUUUGUGUCGAGCAGUUUGAGCGAUUUGCACGUUUCAUGUGUUUAUUUUUUUUUUGUGGGGGGGGGGGGUAUUUCUCCUCUUCCUCCCCUGCUGACAUGUUAGAAGGCCUGACCUUUCAAACACGACGUUUGUUUCCAGAAAUGAGCUCGCCGCUGCGAAACGAGACGUUUCCCCCGACAGAGCAGCACGUUUCAUUCAACACUCUUGUUUUUAUCCUCUCUCCUGACAACAGUAUUUUAAAACAAAAGAAACGCUUUAUUGAAAAUGAAAAUGGGGAAAUGAAGCUGUGUUUGUGGCAGAAUGAGAACGGGUGUGUGUGUUCCAGUGAUCCUGGCUUUUCUGUGUGGAGUUGAGACUUUUCUACGCCGCCGCCGGCCGCCGUGUGUUUCCGUGAGUGUCCCUCGUCCGUCGGUCCGUCGCUGUGAAACGCCUCUGUCCUCGUCGGUCUCAUGAAGGAUGGACCUUCUCUCAGCACCUGAAAAGAGGAAAUUAAAAAAAAAAAAAAAACACAAACACUUCUACCAAUGCAUCCAUGUUGCACAUUCUGAAAGGGAAUUUCCUUUUUUUCUUCCGUUUCCUGGUUUUCGUGUUGAGCGUGUCGAUCAGCUGUUCUGUGACACUAAUCUUUCAUCUCAGUUGAUUCUUCUUUUUUCAAACCGACGCCUCUAUAAAGCUGUUUGACACGUUUGUUCUUGGUUUGUUCGAGCUGUGGGUGAUAUUCCUGACUGGACGCCGGCCCGCCCGUCGCCCUGAUGGCGUGGGGGGCGGGGCCGAGCCGGGCCGCCGCUCGCCAUCCUGAGUUUGCCUCAUCUCUCCUUUCUCUUUGUGUUGUUGGACUUUCUGCAUGAACUCUAAUAAAACAUUAGCAAGUG